UAUACCGAAGAUAAAAUGGAUCAAAGAAAUCUCUCUAUUGUGGAGGAAUUCAUUCUUAUAGGAUUUUCUGAUUUGCCAAACCUUCAAGGAUUUCUGUUUAGUAUUUUCUUAAUCAUAUACAUGAGCAUCAUAUUAGGGAAUGGACUCAUCAUUAUAUUAACCAUGGUUGCUCCAGAUCUAAAAACACCCAUGUAUUUUUUCCUUGGAAAUUUUUCCUUUGUAGAAAUCUGUUACACUUCAGUAACUCUCCCCAGAAUGUUGUCAGACCUUUGGACACAGAAGAGAAAUAUUAAUUUCUUUGCUUGUGCUACACAGCUUUGUUUCUUUCUCAUUCUGGCAAGUACUGAAUUCCUGCUUCUAACUGUGAUGGCCUAUGACCGUUAUGUGGCCAUCUGCAGGCCUCUGUAUUAUCCUCUCAUAAUGAAUCCCAGAGUAUGUGCCAAGUUAGUCACUGGUUCCUGGAUCAGUGCAAUUCCAACUAUAACAGCACUUGUAUACCUGAUUUUUUCUCUGCCCUUCUGUGGUCCUAACAAACUCAAUCAUUUUUUCUGUGACUCUCUACCACUACUGAUGGUAGCCUGUGGGGACACUUCUGUGAUGGAAUACAUUGUUUAUGGGGGUACUGUGUUGUAUAUCAUGGUUCCUUUUCUCUUAAUAAUCAGGUCCUAUGUUAAAAUUAUUGUCAUUAUUCAGAAGCUCCCAUCAGCCAUAGGGAGAUUUAAAGCAUUUUCUACUUGUUCUUCCCAUCUCACAGUUGUGAUCUUACUUUAUGGUUCUGCUAUCAUUACAUAUUCAAUACCCAAGUCAAAAGCCUCCUCAGGAACAGAAAAGGUGCUCUCACUUUUCUACACUAUUAUUACUCCCAUGUUUAACCCUCUCAUAUACAGCCUGAGAAACAAGGAUGUUAUUGCUGCAUUUAAGAAGUUAAUAUCUAAGUAA